CCAAAAAGUAACUGACAAUAGAGCAAGCAGCUCUAUUAACUGGCUCCAUAAGAGGUUAAAUGGUGAACUCUGUGAGAAAAGGAGCACCUGCCUUAGAAAUAGAAGGCUCACAGCUAGUCCCAGCUAUACCCUGGGCUGGGAAGGUGAGAAAAAUGAUCAUGAAGUGUCCUCAUUAGGCCUCGGCCUUCUUAUAUGUCUUUUUGUCUUGAUUGUGGGGGUGGAGGGGGGGAACAAUGUCCAGGUUUACCAUGCUUAGAUUUGAUGGUCAUGGGUAGCUUUCCUGGGGGAAGGAGUAUCUACUACUGACCAAGGGCGGGGAAUUGGAGGAUUAAUUUGGCUGUUUUAUUUCCCCUACGUAAUGAGAAUUGCUUUGGCUACUCAAAGGAGUCCAGGCUGAUGUUUCCUGGACUUUUCUUCAUGGCCACCCUCAUGCUCCCAAGAUGACUAUCAGAGCCUCACCCAAUCAAGAAAAGAGAAUGGGAAAAGGGGCUGCUGGUCAGCUCAGUCAUCCCCUUUAAAGGAGCAUUCUGGUUGCCCCUCUUCCACAACUCCUGCUUACAUUUCAUUGGUCAGAAUUGUGUCACAUGACAGCCAUAGCUGCAAGGGAGUCUGGGAAAUGUAACUUGGCACAUAUCUAUCUCAAAUCAGGUCCUUUUGACCUUUACAGAAUAACCCCUGCUUUGCAACUCUCUCCUCCCUUCAGGACCGGAUGCAACUCUCCUAUGCUAUCAAAACGCCUGCUUGAGGCAGCGCACGCUCCCAGGCCUCAGAGAGGCCCUCACAAAACAUUUCGCAAAGACGGGACACUCAGGUCAAAAAUGUAACAACCCCCUCCCAUACACUAAACACACAAAAUCACGUCCCAGGUGGGGGCAAGGUAAAGAAGAGGUGCAGCAGGAUGCACGAGGUACACAGGGUGGUCAGCGCUUACAGCACACCUCAAGAAUACCUCCGGGCACACCCACCUGGGAGCGCUGAACUGUCAGGGGUGCGCGCCAGCAAAGGGGCCUGAGGGCAGCCGGAUGCGCAUGUGCACUCCCUCCCUUUCCCCAUCCCGCCACUGGGACCUGGGGGAGCAUCUCCUUCCCUGUCAGAGCGGCGAUUGGGGUCCCAACGCCACCGGCCUUCCUGGAACUGAGAGACCUGCAAUCUCCAUCUCUGCAACCUCCGUCUCUGCAACCUCCGGCCGCCUUUGUGAGAACGUGAGUAUGGACCUGGGUGAGGGUGUAGGCCCCAGGCGGGGAACGGGGAGUUGGGAGCUGGGCGGGAAGGUGCAGGCCGAGCGCGGCUUUGGGGUGAAACUGGGUGUGCCCCCCUCCCAGCCCCACGCCGGGCUAGCCUCCUGGGCUAGUCAGGGGAUGCCUAAUUGAGGUGGUGCGGAGCCCGGGCCAUCCUGGAAGGAGAUGGAAGGGACUGCCGUUGGGUGGACAUGCCCCUCCCGUACCCCUGCUCCUUGGGUUAGGGAGGCAACACGAAGUGGUUCAUGCCUGGGGGGAGGGUGGCUCCACUGGCAGUUGGCACCGUUGCUUCCCCACUCCCCUGCCACCCUGCAAUGGUCUGUGUGACCUCGGGUCAGUCACCGCCACUCACUUUCCCAAGCCUCGCAGUUCCGGUUCCUCGCUGCGUGGCAGCCUCAGCCCCGGUGACCCCUGCCCAGAGCGAAGGUCCCUCGCACCCGUCUCAGGUGACAGCGGCCAUCUCUCCGGCUGCCUGCACCCCGUCCCCUGCCUCCAAACCCUCUGCAAAAACCCUGUCAGGCCGGCCUUCGGAACAUCCCCAAAUCCCGCUCUGCUCUCAUACAGGUCCCCUACGGCCUGCACUGCUGCCCUGGCUCCUGGCUGGCCCCCUCCCCUGAGCCCAUCCUCAAGAUCGGAUCUCUCCGUUUCUGCCCCGCAACCGGAGUGGGGGGUGGGGGUGGCGGGACCACCAGAGCUCUGUCUUCUGCUAACCUCUCCCUAUCAGGUCCCCCUUCCUGGCGGGAGAGCACAUUCCACAGCUAUUUUCAGGGAUCCUCUCUGGGCUGAGGCCCCACAGCUGGAUCUCCACCUGGGACCUUCCCCUCCACCCCAACUCUGACCCUUGGAUCCCCCAAAUGCCACAGAAUUCUCCCAUCCCGCCUAGCUGCCACUGCCCCUGGGCUUCCGGGGAGACUUGGAGCCUCAACCAUUAUGAUGCAUAUCCUGAGGCCACACACCAAACCAAGAUCAGGGAUGUGUAUUGAAUGGGUUAAUGGUGACAUUCUAUUAAUAGUCGACGCUAAUUGAGCACCUGCUGUGUGCUCCUCGUCUUCUAACUGCAUGGUAAUUUACUUGCUUAUCUUGUUUAUUGUCUCUUUCUCACUUCCAGAAUCCUCCCAAGGGCAGGGACUUUAUUUUGUUCUCAGCCACUUCACCACCCCCACACCUCCUGCCCCCAACCCUACCUCCCAUCUCCACACCCAUCACAAUGCCUGGCAUGCAGGAAAGUCCCCGAAUUAGUGAAUGAAAAUUAAAUUAUAAUAGAAAUGCCUAACAUUAACUAAGCACCUUCUCCCUGCUUAUCACCUAUUACUGAAGCAUUCUUACUGAUUUAUCUCUGUUGUCUGUUUUCCUGACUAGAAAGUCACGUUCAGGAGGGCCAGGGUUUAUUAAUCUCUUGUCCCCCACCUCUUUGUCCUUGCCACAUAGUAGGUUCUCAAUAGCUAUAUGUUGGAUAAGUAAUAAAGACUAAAUUCCGAUGAUUAUGGUUAACAGACUUCAUAAUUUGCUUAAUUCUUUGGUUUAUUGUUUCCAUCUUUUUAAAAUAUAUUUUUAAUUGAAGGACAAUUAAAAUAUUGUGUUGGUUUCUUCAAUACAUCAACAUGGAUGAGCCGUAGGUAGGUAUUCAUAUAUUCCCUCCCUCUUGAUGUUUCCUUCUUUUAGAACAUAAACUCCUGGGGCAGGAAUGUUGCUCAGCACAAACUGUGACUGGCAGUGUCCUGGGCUGGGAUCCAACAGUGACAUGAUCCAAAAUCAAAACUGAUGAAAUUCCUGCCAUCCCUCCAGAAUGGGGAGGAACUGCUAAUGGGCAGGGGGUAUCUUUUUCAGGUGACUGGAAAUGUUCUAAGAUUACGGUGAUGGUCACACAACUCCGUGAAUGAAUUUAAAAAACAAUUAUACACUUUAGGUUAACUUUAUGGUAUAUAAAUUAAUCAAGGUGUUUUAAAAAUCCCUGCCUUCACAGAGUUUAUGUUGUAAAGGGGAAUAAGAGAAUAGACAACAUGAAUAAUGUAUAUACUAUAUUAGGUGAUUGGUACACACUAGGCACUCAAUAAAUGUUGAUUCAAUAACACCUGGCUGUCCCUAAAUGGUCUCAUCUAAUCUCCCAACCCCCCACCCCCACUGUCUUCUCUUCCCAUCUGCAGAGCCUGCUGUCCACAUCUCUUCCCUGAGCUGCCCGCUUGGAGCCAUGGCACAGCCGACAAAGCCUGACAUGUUUGAUUUGGGCCUGGGCACCUGGAGCCCUAGAUCCCGGGAGCAGAGCCACAGGGCUUGGGGGGCACCCUCCAAGGGUGUAGGCAAGAAGCUGCCCGAGUACAAGGCGGUGGUGGUGGGCGCAAGUGGUGUGGGAAAGAGUGCACUGACCAUCCAGCUGAACAACCAGUGCUUUGUGGAAGAUCAUGACCCCACCAUCCAGGAUUCCUACUGGAAGGAGAUGGCCCUAGACCACGGAGGCUGCAUUCUGAAUGUGCUGGACACAGCAGGGCAGGCCACUCAUCAGGCCCUGCGUGACCAGUGUUUGGCGAUUGGCGAUGGUGUGCUGGGUGUCUUCGCCCUCGAUGACCCCUCAUCUCUAGCCCAGCUGCAGCAGAUGCGGGCCACCUGGGGCCCACACCACACCCAGCCCCUUGUCCUUGUGGGCAACAAAUGUGACCUUGUGACCACCACUGGAGAUGCUCAUGCUGCUGCUGCAGCCCUCGCGAAGAGCUGGGGGGCCCCUUUCAUAGAGACCUCAGCCAAGACACGCCAGGGUGUGGUGGAGGCCUUUUCCCUACUUAUCCAUGAGAUCCAAAGGGUCCGGGAGGCCAUGGCAAAAGAGGCCACGGCAGGGCCAGGUGGGGAUAAAGGCCGGCACCAGAAAGCCAUGUGCCACUGUGGCUGCUCUGUGGCCUGAAGGUCUUAAGUCUAGAAAAGUGGACCCUCCCCCAGACCAAGGUGAUGGUUCCUUCACAUGGCCCCCGCUACCAGCAAGUAGCUGUGUGGGACACUGGGUGUCUCUUCUCCUGGGGAGGUUUUCUUUUGGUGAUGGGCUUUUUGGCAGUGUGGAACAUAGUGUUGGUUGUGUUAUGUCAAGUUGAGAGAUUCUGUGCACAAAUAAAUUGUGUUCUUAGGUU